GCGGAAGACAUCUCAGGGGACAUAGUUGGCGAAGUGACGUGCUAUUUCGGUUGUGCGCUUGUUUGACUUUGUGUUUCCGGUUGUGCUUUCGCUUGAGAUUCGUUUUACGCGAUGUUCCAUAGAAUCCCGGCGUUUAUACGUCCUCGUCCUCUCUCAGGCAUUCCUUGGUCCUCAGGAAACUGGGAGGUCCCGGUGGCUGUGAGUGAGCUACCCGCGGUUCGGUCUGGAACUGUCAGGACAAAAAAUAAUAUCCAGAGACAUUUUGGCACUGGCAGCUCCAUCUAUAGCAAGAAAGAUAACCAGUCUGUUCCAGCCAAUGAAAUUUCCCAGAAGGCAGAAGACAAUCAAGACAAGGGAAAGGAGACUUCGAAAAAAACUCUGCUGGAUAUUAUUAAGGACAUGAAAGUUGAAGUGAACACAGUAAAUGUACAAACAACAAAGCCACGUGGCAGGAAACCUUCUGCCAGUCUGGAGGCUACAGUUGACGGGCUUCAAAGAACUCCAGAAGAUCCUCCAAAGAAGAGAGAAGAGUUCCUGAGUCCUGAGUUGGUGGCAGCGGCAUCUGCUGUUGCGGAUUCUCUCCCUUUUGACAAGAAGACCACCAAGUCUGAGCUGCUUAAGCAGCUUCAGCAACACGAGGAGGAGAUAAGGGCCCAGAAAGAUAAAGAGAAGCGCAGAAUUAGUUUCAGUCACAUAAUAUCAGAUAUGAAAAUUGCCAAACCCACUUCUGUGAGAGGUCGUACAAAACCACGGGACCAGAUUCAGUUUGAUGAAGGAAUAGACGAUUCUUUUGACCAGGAGAAGCUAACUAACUUCAGGCAAAGGAGAAAUUUAUUCGAGGGGAAAAGACUUUCAAUUUUUGACGUGGAGGCAAUGGCUGAUGAAGUAGCAGAACCAGAAGCAUCACUUUCUCUCUGGGAGAUAGAGUUUGCUAAGCAACUAGCCACACUGAAUGAACAGCCCUUUGGGAAUGCAUUUGAGGAGAUGAUACAGUGGACGAAAGAGGGGAAGCUGUGGGAGUUCCCCAUUAACAAUGAAGCAGGUUUUGAUGAUGACGGUGCAGAAUUCCAUGAUCAUAUAUUUUUGGAUAAGUACCUGGAGGGUUUCCCCAAGCAAGGACCAAUUCGCAACUUCAUGGAGCUGGUGACCUGUGGCCUUUCGAAAAACCCCUAUCUGAGUGUUAAGCAGAAAGUCGAGCAUAUAGAAUGGUUUAGAAAUUAUUUUAAUGAAAAAAGGAAUAUUCUCAAAGAAAAUAACAUAGCACUCACUUAAUGUCAUGAAAAUUCUUUAUUUAAGCUGUUGAAGAUGUAUAUUAUAGCCAAAUAAAAUUUUAUUAAAUUUU